AUGUCCACACCGGCUAUCCUAGCAACAUGCAAACAGACACGGUUUCAUCUGCUAGAUGAUAAUCCUUCGAAGGAGAUCGACGUGGAUGGAUUGAAUAUCAUCGUCACUUCUUCUGCAGCCGACUCCACUGAAGAUGCAUCCAAACCUAAGACCAAGGGUAAAUCUAAAGCCAAGGCUGCAGGACGAGAGUUGAUCUCGGAUGCUCAUUUACGAUUGAAGGCUGGGGUUCAUUAUGGAUUGCUUGGACGAAAUGGGACUGGGAAGUCAACUCUUCUUCGGGCAAUGGCCGAGAAACUUAUCCCUGGCAUUCCACAUGCCACUUGCAUGGCGAUCUUGCAGCAGACUGAUGAUCAGGAUAAUGAUCUUGGCACAGCCCAAAGCCAGGACAAGACUGUUUUGGAAUCUGUUCUUAGCAGCGAUGAGACUCGGAAUGAGGCUGUUCGAAUGGUCGAGUACCUCUCAAAGAGCUUCGAGACUGAAGAUCCCAUGGAGCCUGUACGAGCCAUUCGCAAAAUCCGACAUCAGAAAGCCGAGAAGCAUCUCUUCCUGGCUCAUAAGAAUGCAAGCUUGAAGAGUGGUGCUCGCGGUCUCCAGGCGAGAAAGGAUCUAAAAGCCGCCGAGGUUAAGCUUGAGACCGCAUCGGAAAUGCUGGCACAGGAUGUAGAUGCUAUUGAGGUGGAAACAGUCGCCUCAGAUACCCAAGAUGCCAUUGAGACAUUGCAAAGUCUACAAUCUCAACUUGAAGACAUGAAACUUGCCGACAUGGAGCAACAAGCCCGUCGAGUUCUUCUCGGUCUCGGCUUUAAAGAAGAUGGGCUCGGAAAGAAGGUCUCCACGCUUUCUGGUGGCUGGCGUAUGCGAUGCAUGCUAGCCAGUGUUCUAGUGCAAGAUCCCGAUAUCAUGAUCCUAGACGAGCCAACCAAUUUCUUGGAUCUGCUUGGUGUGGUCUGGCUAGAGAAUUACCUGAAACAGCUACGAGACACAUCAGAGACAACAAUCGUAUUAGUCUCGCAUGACCGCGAUUUCAUCAAUGCGGUCUGUGAAGAGAUUGUCAUUCUCCGAGACCAGAAGUUGACCUAUUUCCGAGGAAAUUUGUCGGCUUACGAGCAAGACUAUGAGGAGCAGAAGCUCUAUCUGGGUCGCAUGAAGGAAGCACAGGAGCGGCAGAUUGCCCAUAUGGAGUCUAGCAUUCGAGAGAACAUGAAGAUUGGGAAGAAAACUAAUGACGAGAAUAAGCUGCGGCAGGCUAAGUCGCGACAAAAGAAGGUUGAUGACCGGAUGGGUCUGCAAGUCAGCGCGAACGGUGGCCGUUUCAAGCUGAACCGUGACCUUGUUGGGUGGCACUUGACCAGUCGAGCGGAGAUUGAUGUUCCUGUGGAUGAAAAGGGUGCGACUAUGAGUUUGCCCGAUGCAACUGAGCUGCGAUUCCCUGGUCCAUUGGUUUCACUUGAAGGGAUUGUGUUUCAGUACAAGAAGGCCGAACGCGUCAUCCUGGACGAUGUGAACUUGGUCGUUCACAUGGGUGAUCGGGUUGGUAUCAUGGGUCUGAAUGGAUCAGGGAAAACAACUCUGGUCCGUAUUUUGACGGGGCAGAUCCCUCCUUCCAAAGGGAAGGUGUCAACUCAUUCACGGUUAAAAGUGGGCUAUUACAGUCAACACUCCGUGGAAGAUCUGCAAGAACUUGGUCGAGGCCAGCCUAGUCUGACUGCACUGGGCUUGUUAAUGGCUGAAACCGAUGGUUCAUGGAAUGAGGGUACUGUUAGAGGUCUGCUCUCUUCCAUGGGGUUAGCAGGUCGCAUUGCAUCCGAUGUCCCCGUUUGCAAGCUAUCGGGCGGACAGCUCGUUCGCCUUGCAUUGGCCCGAAUCGUCUGGAGCGCACCACAGCUUCUCAUUCUCGAUGAAAUCACCACUCAUCUGGAUUUCCAUACUGUCACUGCAUUAGCUACCGCUCUCUCCUCUUUCAAUGGCGCUGUUCUCUUGAUUUCUCACGACCGUUUCCUUGUACGGUCUGUGAUCGAGGGUAAGCGCGAUACAGAGCACAAGCUCGAUGAAGACUUUGAAGGAUUGCAAGAGGAAGAGACCGAAGAGACGCAGCGACGUCGGUCAGUGUAUGUGAUCAAACAAGGCAAGAUGAACGAGCAGAAGGACGGAGUGGAGCAGUUUGAGCAGAGCCUGGUGAAGCGGGUACAAAAACUGCUAGCAGUUUAG